ACUAGCAGUGAGUUAUCGUCUGAUGACCUUGCAACUGAACUGAAGAGGCUGGAGAUAUCGUCAAGAGGGCGGGAUGAUGAGACGUUCCUCAGUCCGGAUACUGGAAGUCUUGUUUCUUCCACGAGUGACGAGGCCCCAACCACUAUGCAAGAACCUCGCAAAAAGUUGAACGAAUAUCUGGUUUCGAAAAACAUCCCGCGAAUAACUCAGCCCUGGAUGGAAUGGGAUAAAGCUGGAGAGAGCACUAAGAAGGAAUACACCACUAGGACAGUGGAGAUCUUUUCUUCAGUCCUACAAGAUCUUACACCUAACUAUGCAGGUUCUCUUUUGCAAGCGGUCUUCUCGUCCCCUGCCAUGAACAAAGCUCUUAAACUCGAUGAAUUAUCACAAACGUCCAAGAAUUAUCUUCAGGCCUUACCAGAGGCAUAUGGAAAAGCUCAAGGGUGGGAGACAAGAAGGCAGAUCUUGUCUAUCAUGCAUGUCUGGCGUUGCCGGCUUCAAUGAUAUUUCAAGAUUUAUACCAGGCUUAACUAGAUACGCUAUAGCUUGGCCAACCUGCAUCGCUUACAGUAUGGUAGCGGGGCUCCCGCAAUGCACCAACUUUCGCCGAGGAUAGAGGUUGAUCUGAAGCAACUUGACCAUUUUUUAUCGUACAUAACAAGCCCGCAUUUGGUGCACGAUCUACCAUUUGGGCAGAAAACGUUGAAACUCUCUUCUGGCCAGCUGGUUGAGAUACUAAACGUCAUAAGGACGAUGAUAUCCCAAAGAAUAGUAUGUCAAUACGAUCAGUACUGCCACGAAACUGGCUUUCAACCAUUCACUGACGGCACUAUGCUUCGUGUAUUGGAGGAAUGCAAGGCCUCUGUCCGAAAAUCUCUCCCAGGACUUGACUACGUCGCCGCAGACGGUGCGCGUUCAUUUGAAGACUUAGAGAAUUUAGUCCGCCGACUUGGAGAGCUCGGCCUCGGGAAAGAGUGGGAGUUGCAGUACGUGGAAUUGCUUAAGGGUUCAAAAUUAUACCUUAAAAGUGAUUUCAAGGUAAGGCUUAAUUAA